GAUCUUAGUGACAUCUUGUUCAUUCACAACUUGAUGCAACCCGAUAGGGGCUAGAAUCGUAGCUCCCCUAUAAUACAGAAUGGCAGUGUGCCGUGCCAUUUUCCUCUUCAUUUGUGUAUUUUACUUGAGUGAUGAGAUUGUAGGGCAAAGCGAUUUACGAAGUGCAUUGGCUGCGAUAGAUCGUCGUCAAAAAGAAUUAGCGGAUUACGAAGAAAAACAGUAUGGUUAUAAUCCAGUUGAUCCGGAAGAUAAUCUUGCUUUUUUAAGUAAUGCCGCAGAUGAUGGGUGUUACGAUAAUGAUUACUUGGAUGAUGAUAGUUAUGAGCCUCUGAGCAAGAGAUUAACAUCCUCGUUUAGGGAGAAAUUGGAGGAAGAUAAGGAAAAGCAGAUGGAGGAAUUUGCCAGGAACCUUUAUAAUAAUUUGGAAAAUAAUGGAAUGCCUGGUGGAAUUAAUAAACAUUAUUUGCGAGAGUUAUGGGAUCGAUAUUAUGGAAACGAUGUAAAUUAUCCCAAGAAUGCUAUAAGCAAAAGAUAUUACCCAUUAUACGGAGUAGAAAAUAUAGGUCUCAGAAAGCGUGGAAAUUAUCUUUCAAACGACGAUGAGCCAAUUAUUCCUAUUAAUUACCUUGCAUCUCGAGAUGAUGAUUCCGAUCAAAUGAAUUAUCCCGGUAAUCGAUAUUUACGCUAUCAAAGUCACAAUAAUCCGUACGGUGGAAGCAAAAGUUUUCUAUUAGCCAAAAGAAGUAGCAAUCUUAACAAUGAUAAAAAAAGAUCAUUAAACAUGCAAACUGAUCCCAAAGUUAAAAAAGAUUUGAGUGACAUUUUUGGCAAUGACCUUAGAAGCGACAUUGGAAAUAAUAAGUUGGGUGACGCAAUCGGUACUACAACAAACAAGCCUGAGGAGACAACUGAAAAGAGAGAAAAGGAUACUCCUACAAGGAAGAUUGAGAAAAAAGACAAACCUAAAAUGGACGCCACUAGAGAUGAUUUGAAUAAGGAAAUAUUUGCUCCUGUGGCACUACAAAACAAGCAAGAAAUCCAGAUAAGGAAGAAAUCUAUUGAUUGGUCUGAUUAUUUCGGUUUAGACCGAAGGAAGAAAUCCGACUCUAACGAAGGCCUUGACAACGAAUGGCUAAUGGAGCGAUACCAUAAGGCCAUUGCUAUUACACCAAAAAAAAGAAACGCCGAACUUCCAAUACAAUCCUUACGUAAUCACGACAAUCCCCAACAAAGAGGCGAUUUCCAUGGUAAAGAAGAACAAAAAAUUAUUGAAAUGGAUAAAAAACUUGAAAAGUUGGAAAACAAAAUUGUGGGCGACGCUCUGAAAUAUACUGGAGCUCACCAAGUUGAGACAGAUUCAAAAGAGAAUCAACAAAUAAAAGACAAUAUCAUCUCACGUUUAGCCCAAGCCUAUAAUAUUGAAAAAAUGAGAAACGCUUUGGAAGAAUACAAAAUUGAGGUUGAGAAGGCACGGAAGGAGGUUGAAAAGGCACGACAAGAAGUUAAGAAGGCGAACACCGAUGAUAGGCAAUUUUCCGACUAUACUAUGGAAGAAAAAAGAGUUUCUGUUCCUAGAAAAGAGGCCAUUGACGAUAGCAGAGAUAACGGCGAACCUGAUAAUAAUAUAAAGUGUAGAACUGCUGAAGAAUGUCAUGAACAAAAUUUUAAAAUACCAUCAGGUGUUUUGGAUAAUCAUUUUUCAAACUUGGAAUGUCCAGCCAUACAAAGGGCUUGUAAUGAUGUUGCAUCACUUGUUGGACACUAUGGGCAUGUGUUUGAACCAGCUUGUACUCUCCAUCAAAUGUGUUUGUUGUGUAGCAACAACAGCUGGUUUUCCCCAACAAGACAAUGUAACUCGUUAUUUAUAACAAAAGCUUUUGAGCUUUGUUUAGGAAAGGACGAGUGCAAAAAAGAAGCACGCCGAUCCCUGAGAUACUUAUUAGACAUCAAUAAAUCUCUACAAGCUCAAACGGCCUUGACUGACGAAUGUGAAUUGCAAUGCCCUAAUACGGAUAUAUUUAAGUAAAUACAAUUUUAUGUAUGUUAUCCAAAAAAGAACCUAUACCUAUUCGCUAAGAAAAUAUUUGGCCGAUAAAUGUAUCUCCCGUACGUCUAUCUUACAACUUACCAACACAACGUCCAAGUUGUGUACAAAACAGUACCUACAUACCUAAUAUCACUGUAUGUUUAGAAAGACAAAUAUUUAUGAAUGUCUAGUUGUUGCUUACAUUAUUUUUAAAAAAAUCACUUUAAAAUUGUUGUUAUCCUGUUCAAUUUAAUUUAAAAUAUUGUCAGUUUAUGUUUUAAAGUCUAUACUUACCUAUUCUAAAGCAAGUUAUAUUAUUAUGGUAUAAUAUCAAUGUAACUACUCGUAUCAAAUACAUAAAGUAGACAUGUAUAAUAAACAACGUAAUAUAUAAUCUAAUAUUAUAUUUGAGAGAUUGUCAUAGGAAAUAUUUUAAGUGAAAAAAAAAAGGCUAAAAAACGAUCUCGCGCUGUCCUGAUAACUCUGUAUGACAAUAAUUUAUAUCAAACCCGCUGAAAUAUCAGAACAUACAGGAACAUUUGAAAUUCUAAUAAAAUAGAGAUCGUUUUCAACUUUGUAUUUUUUGCUUGGAGAUGAAAGGACUGUAUUAGGUUAUACUAUUUACUGUUUCAAUAUAUUUUAAAUGUAAUAGUUUUCAA